CAAUUACAUUAACAGGAGUGUAGUGUAGUUUAAGGACUACCAGUUAAUAAAAAAGUAUAGUAAGUAGUAGUAAGGCGUAUUCAUCAAGUGUCCCUAGUAAAUGCUUCAACUACUCUUAUUAUGACAAUUCAUUAGCAAGAGCAUUCAAACGGGAUAGGAAACAAGCAGGUGACCGAUUAAAUAAAAAUACAAAAUCCUAUAUAAUCCUUUUUCGCGCUUGAAAACAGUACGCCGAAAUAUAUUGUAUAAGUACAAGGAUAAUUAUUAUGAUCUUUAUCAUAUAUUUGAUCUGUCGUUUACUUUGGAAUCAAGACCGACUGUCAAAUGUGAAUAUCAAAUGUCAAUUGUCUAUAGAGAAGUAUAACUAGUUACCUACUACCUAUAUAAAUUGUAAAAGCUGGGCUGGGUAAUUGAUAAAUUGUCAUAAUUUCCUAAUCUGUAGUGUGUAUUUGUGUCACGUCACGGCAAAAUAAUAUUUAUAUUUUAUAAUAUUCAUUAUUCACUCAAUAAACUUGCACUUGUUAUACGUCACUAUGGAUUAUGUUUAUAACAACCCUAUACGACAAAGAAUUAAUAAAAUCUUCGACAGCCACAUAAUAACUGAUAAUAGCGAAGCUUUGUACACAGUUUCUGGAUUGUGUUCUUCCAAUUCAUCAUACACCAGACGAGUUUUGGUUAAUGAAAUUGAAAAAAAAGAUUUAUUAGUAAACAAAACUAUUUUAAAUGAAUAUAAUAAAGUUAAGGAUAAAUUACAAGUGUUAAUUGAUUCUUUAAACUCUGUAGACAUUGCAGUUAAAGAUAUGUCCAACAGAUUACAUGAAUCAAAAACUAAAACUCAUCACAUCAUUGCUCAAACGACAAAAUUAAAAGAUGAAAGAAAGAAAACGAAAAAGAAGUUAAUGUGGGUGGAUGCCUUUGUCAAAAAUUUUCAAUUAUCUCCAGAACAAAAUAAAAACCUUUUCAAUAUAUCUCCACUUACUCCUGAUUUCUUUAAUUCUCUAGCACAAAUUGAGAAAUUAAAUAAUAACUGCAGAGCACUCGUGAAAUGCUGGUAUCAAACACCCGCAUUUGAUAUUAUGGAAACAGUUGGUCUUCAACAAGAAGCUGCAAUUGAGAAAUUAUAUCAUUGGACAAUAGGAGCAUGCUUAAUUGUAGAUUCACCAAAUAAUGCUCUAGUACCAAAAGCAUUAGCGAAAUUUGAAAAUAGACAAGUCUUGUUUUCUAAUAUAAUAGAUGAAUAUUGUAAUGCAAGGAAAGCAACUGUUGUACAGUUAUUUAUUGACGUUUUAACCAAAGGUGGUGAGGGUGGGUCUAAACCAAUAGAAUUUUAUGCCAAUGAUGCUAAACGUUAUAUUGGAGAUAUAUUAGCUUGGGUAUAUCAAAUAAUACCAAUUGAGAAAGAAAAUCUAGCUAUUCUACUAAAAUACUGUUCUAUGCCUGAUAAAGAUAUUAAAAUCACUGAAGCACUUACAAGCAUAUUGGAGGCUUUGUGCCCACUUCUGAAAGUCAGAGCAGAACUUAUACUUAAUCCAGAUAAAGAUCCUCUGGUUCUUUGGGCUAUCACAAAUUUAAUAAUAUAUUACAAAGAUACUAUACAACUUGUAAUUGCAAAAGGACACAUGAUUGAUACUUUUGAUGAACUUUCAAGAAAAAGUGAGGAAGUUUUCCUCAUAACCUUAGACAGCAAAAUACAGAAAGAAUUGAGUCAUGGUGUCAAAGCACCUCCAUCAGAUUUAAAUCCAUCUGUUGUUGUUACUGACUUAGUGAGCUUUCUUAGGGAUCUAAUGAAUGUUACAAAUAACACAAACUACACUGAUAAAAAGAUUAUAAUAACUCAUAUUUUAGAUCCCCUUUUGCAUGCAAUAAAUGAAACUGCAUGCCAUUUAAGCUCCACGGAUAUGUCGGUUUAUACAUUAAAUUGUAUUUAUCAUAUACAGUGUACUCUAUCCUUAUAUACAAUUUUAGAUGAAUACAAUGAAAGACUUCAAGCCCAAUCAGAGGCUCAAAUUGAUACUUUAACAUCUGAACAGGCUAGUUUUCUUGUUGCAAAUUUAAAUAUGGGACCUAUUUAUACCAUUUUACAGGAAAAGAUUGAUGGACCACUUUCAGCUAUUCCUGGAAUGGAUACAAAUUCAUUAAAAACUUUUUUGAAUAAGUUUGACAUGUUCUUGGUUACACCUGAUGUUUAUAUAUUGCCACAACUGAAUUUACUUAUAAGUCACACGCAUAAAUCAUUUGUGAAGAAACGAGCAUUUGAAGUUAUAAUGGCUAUAUAUGAACAAUUAUAUCAAGCUAUACAUGAUCCUAAAAAUGGUUAUACUGAACCACAAAUAAUAGUGCGAAGGACCCCAAAUGAAGUUAAAAAGUUACUUGUGUAAAAUAUUAUUUAAAUGCAAUCAGUGUUAUUUUGUUUUUAAUUUGAAAUUAGAGUUUUCCAAGUAAAUAAUUUAAAAAUAUUGUUAAAAAAAUAUAUGUUAAUAUAACAUAAUUUAGUUUAAUAUUUUUUUAAUUUUAAUGUUACUAUUAAUUGGGUGAAAUAAAAUAUUAAUAAAUAUUUAGUAAGUCAAGUAGUAGUUACUGGUGGUAGGGCUUUGUGCAAGCUCGUCUGGGUAGGUACCACCCACUCAUCAGAUAUUCUACCGCAAAACAGCAAUACUUGAUAUUGUUGUGUUCCGGUUUGAAGGGUGAGUGAGCCAGUGUAAUUACAGGCACAAGGGACAUAAAAUCUUAGUUCCCAAGGUUGGUGGCACAUUGGCUAUAAGCGAUGGUUGACAUUUCUUACAAUGCAAAUGUCUAAGGGCGUUUGGUGACCACUUACCAUCAGGUGGCCCAUAUGCUCGUCCACCUUCCUAUUCUAUAAAAAAAAAAAGAAUUAUCUGGAACAAAAAUCAUCACACACAACAAAUCUUUCCGUAUAUUACAAAAUUGACAUUAGAAACGGACCAAUCAGAGACGGCCACAUAAGCUAACGACCAG